UCUCUCAGUCGUCUCCAAUUAUUCCAAGACCAGAGUUCCUCUUCGUUCCCGCGGGUUCUUCUUCGCCGUCACAGUCCAAUCUCCCGCCUGAUUACGUGGCGGAAUAUGUCUCGCCCGUCACAAACUGCUUUCCCGACCACCAGAACAGUCACCAUUUCCUUCUCAGAGCUCAAGGACAAGAACGCGGAUUUGUCCGUUAAGAUCGAGGAAGGAUUUGGACCAAGCGGUCUAGGAAUUCUAUCUGUAACAGAUGUUCCGGGAUUUUCUUCAUUGCGGCGAGAUCUCCUACGCCUUUCUCCAAGGUUAGCUAGCAUGCCUGAAGAAGCGAAGAGGGAGCUUGAGGAUCCUCAUAGUAGGUACAAUUUUGGAUGGAGUCAUGGGAAAGAGAAGCUUGAAUCGGGGAAGCUUGAUAUGCUGAAAGGCUCUUUCUAUGCAAACCCAAUAUUUGAUAGACCUACAACAGACGCAUCUCUAAUCCAAAGGUAUCCAUCAUAUUGUGGAUCAAAUAUAUGGCCUCAUAGUGCGUUGCCUGAACUUGAAUCAGCCUUUAAAGCUCUUGGCCAGUUGAUCCAUGAUGUUGGGCUCAUGUUGGCACAUCACUGUGACCAAUAUGUAUCCAAAGUGAUGAAAAUGGGAGAGGAUGAAGGCCUUGAGAAGAUACUUCUCCACUCUCGUUGUCAUAAGGGGCGUCUGCUUUAUUAUUUUCCAUCGGAACAGAGUAAUGAUAACAACUCCAUGUCGUCCUGGUGUGGGUGGCACACAGACCAUGGCUCACUAACAGGUCUGACAUGUGCUAUGUUCAUGAGGGAUGCUGUAGAAAUACCUUGUCCUGAUAGUGCUGCUGGUCUUUAUAUUAGAACACGAACUGAUCAAAUUGUCAAAGUUGUCUUUGGAGAAGACGAAAUAGCAUACCAAAUUGGUGAAACUACCGAAAUACUUUCAAGGGGCUAUCUUUGUGCAACACCUCAUUGCGUCCGGGCACCUAAAGGACAAGAGGCUUCUGGUCUGGAACGGUCAACCUUCGCAUUAUUUAUGCAACCUGACUGGGAUGAACUACUUAAUUUCCCUGAGGAGGUCCAUAUCCAUAAAGAGCUGAUUUCAUCAAGUGGACCUCUUACUUUUGGAGAGUACACUGAGAAGCUUCUUGACAUAUAUUACCACCUGAAAAAAUAGAAGAAACUUGCUUAUAAAUGCAGGUGCUUAAUAAUGGCUAUUAUCUAAACAAUAAUUCAUCUAGAUUGAUGCACACUUUCC